AUGUACCACGAGAAGCAACAGCGGGAAUUGUGCGCUUUACAUGCUUUAAACAACUUGUUUCAAGAUAAGGCUUCCUUCAGCAAAUCACAACUCGAUCAAAUUUGCCAGAGUUUAUCUCCUAACGAGUACAUUAAUCCUCACAGAUCCAUUCUUGGUCUGGGAAACUAUGACGUGAACGUUAUCAUUGCUGCACUGCAUAUGAAGGACUGUGAAGCCAUCUGGUUCGACAAACGAAAAGAUCCGUCGCGAAUCGAUACAUCAAAAAUAGUCGGGUUCAUACUAAAUGUUCCAAGUAACUACAAGGUUGGAUUCGUCAGGCUUCCCAUUCAGCGCAGGCACUGGAUAGCUAUCCGCCAAAUUAACAAAGAAUACUGGAAUCUAGAUUCCAAAUUAGACACACCACAGUGUUUGGGAGACGAAUCAAGCAUGCUACAGUACCUUCGAGAGCAACUUAAAAGCAAUGAUAAAGAAUUGUUUAUUGUAUGCACAGGCGAGGUGGACAAAACCCAACAGUGGCUACUGCCUGAUACCGAACAAAGUUGAAAAAGAGAU